AUGGCCCUGGGACGUAUUGGAUCUCUUGUACAUGUGCGAUACAAUGGACGUACGCGCACAUCAUCACUGAACUUUGAGAAACAUUCUGAAAAUUUUGCGUGGACAGAGAACCGUUAUGAAGCAAAUCGCAGAAGACACAACUCUUCAGAUGGGCUUGAUCCUAACAUUGGACGUCCUAUUGGAGGGCAUUUUGGGAGAAAAGAGAAGAGUGGUUGGCGUUCACAAGGCAGAAAUGGUACAGAAAAUAUAAACCAUCGUGGGGGAUACCAUGGUGGAGGUUCCCGCGCUCGUACCAGCACCUUCCACUGUGGAAAAGGCCAGGGACUGCAUGAAAACAGUGUACCUGACAAUGAAACUGGGAAAAAGGAAGACAAAGAAGUACCCAAACAGUUUGAGGCUGAGGAUUUUCCAUCUUUGAACCCUGAAUAUGAGAGGGAGCCAAACCAGAAUAAGUCUUUAGCUGCAGGUGUGUGGGAGUACCCUUUGAAUCCUAAAUCCAGACCUCCGAGAAUGCUCGUCAUCAAAAAGGGCAGUACGAAAGAACUGCAGAUAUCUGGAUUCCCAGUAGUAGGAAGUCUUCAUUCACAGCCAGUAAGGAAUGGAACUGGCACAAGUGUUUAUAAAGGAUUGGUCCCUAAACCUGUCACUCCACCCGCAAAGCCUACACAGUGGAAAAGCCAAGCAAAAGAAAAUAAACUCGGGAAUCCGUUUCCUCAUGAAUCUGUUUAUGGUGUUGGCAAUUUCAGUCCUUUCAAAUCAACUGCCAAGGCAUUUACUGUAUCACAAAAUUCAGUGAAAGAGUGUAAUCGGUCAAAUUCUUCAUCCCCUGUUGACAAAGUUGGUCAGCCUCGUUUAACAAAAUUGACAAGAAUGCGGACUGAUAAGAAGAGUGAAUUUUUGAAAGCAUUGAAACAAGAUAGAGUGGAAGAGGAACAUAAAGCUCAGAAUCAUGCUGGGCAAGAAAAGCUGUUUAAUCAUGGUCUUGGAUCUCUAAAUGAAGGAAAGGAAUUACAUGUUGAUGAAUUUAAAGUUGUUGCAAGUGCUACUCUUCGUCCAGUGCUUCAUA